UUGUACGCUGUCAUUUUGGCAGGUUAGUAAUGGUUAGCGGCGCAAGGUUUAUUGGUUUAGUGUGUUUUCGAAAUUCCUCGGUCCAAUUUUAAUUUUUUGUAGUUGGUGAAGUGCAAUAGCAGCCGAGAUGCCGGGCAAUGAGUUGCAAACAGGAUCGGAACAAGAGGGCGAAGUUAGAGGCGAUGAUGGGUUGGGUGCUGCCGAGGAUCAGAUGUCUUCCCGGGGAAUCGCCCUGGGACAGUCGUAUCGGCGAUGCCCCAAUUAUGAAUGGAAAAGUGUGACAACUGAAUUCUUCGAGGCAUGCUCGGAACUGUCUCUGGGAGAGCUGGUCCACGAUGAGAUCUUCGGUUUGUUUGAAGCGAUGUCAGCUAUUGAAAUGAUGGACCCAAAGAUGGAUGUUGGCAUAAUUUUAAACAAAGACGAGCCUGUCCCGCAUACAUUUCAAACUGCCGUCUCCGCAGGUGUACUAAAGUUAGAAAACUUCACGAAUGAAGAACUGAUCGGCAUCUUCGAUUCAAUCUAUUCAUGCUUGGUUUGCUGGUUGGAAGGGCACUCGCUAGAUCAAAUUCUAUUCACUUGCCUUUAUCUCCAUAAUCCACACGAAAUUGCCGACAAAGUACUGAAAAGCUUUUGUUUAGCAAUUCGGAAACUGAUUCCCAUCAUAAAGGACUUCGUUAUUGAAGGCAACGUUAGCGAAGAGGAAGAUUUUCAGCUUUUUGGAGUAUCAAAUUUAGGUGUUAUCGAUAACCCAACGGAGACACAAGUCGUGGGUCUCUUGAAAGAGUCUGAAGAUGAAUUAGUCCGGAGGUCAAGAAUUGAGAGUAAUGCCGAAGAUGUUUUAGCGGUAAUGCAUCGAGUUCGACUUUUACGAUUCCUUUUCCAGUCGCUAUUUCUUCUCUGGCCGAGAAAAGAUACGACAUUUGGCGAACCGGUUCUUGUAGAAGUGCAGAAAAAUUUGAAUGCUGCUUUAGAGCUCCUGCCGUUUAUCAAGAGGACUGUAGAAAAGGGAACACAACCUGAUCCAAAAUCGGACGCACCCAACCCCAUCGGCUACUCUCCACGUGUCAAUCAAAGAAAUUUACCUCCAACAUUUCCACGGAGUGCUAGGAUUAGAGAUCGUCUGUCUAGUUUUGUAUUCCUUGAAGGGCUAUCGCAAAAGUUGAAAUUGGCUUGCAAAGUCAUACACCAAAAAGAUUAUUACGCCACUCUAAAUUUCUUCAUUGACUUCAGCAAAAAAUCGGGUCAGUGUUUAUUAUCUCGAAGCAUUUUACAAAUAAUAUUCUUCGGAAAUAAAAAGAAUGUGAAAGGUACCAAUCCAUUCGAGGAAUUUCUGAAGGAGUCGAUAAAAUUAUUCACAGCUCCUCCUAUUUUGAUGUCGAAAAACAACGUAUCCAACAAUAUUGAGGCAAAAAAGUAUGUUGACUCGUUCCUCAAAUACUGCAUAAACUUGCACACAUUUACAUAUUUUCUGCAAAUCUGCGGGUAUAAUCGGGCCCGCCAACGCGACAAAUUGGCUCGUCUCAUCGAAGAAGGAUUUGGCAACUUACAAGAUGAGGCUGGUCGCGUAGAUACGUAUCUAAAUCUAAUAUGUCGACAUACAGAGUCGUCUAGUCAACACAUUUCCCACUUCGGAACCUGGACUUUGUACUAUUGCUUGCGAGCCAUGUCAUUAUAUUUGCUUUCUGGCUUUGAACUGGAAUUGUAUAGUGUACACGAGUUCCUAUACAUUUACUGGUACCUAUACGAAUUCUUAUUUGGGUUCAUCGUCACUACACUGAGUCGUGCCGAGUCCCUGCUAGCCAUGCAGGACAUUACUUCUGAAAGUAAAACAAACACAAAGCAACGGAAAUUGAAGGCGAAGAAAAAGAAACAAUCAAAACCUUUCCUGCGCGAGAUCAUGUACAACCACGCCAUGCAAAUGAUGAGCGGAGGAUACUACAAGGCUAUUGCAGCGUUUACGAAGGACGGACGUAUACGGCAACCAAAAUCAAAAUUCGACAACGAAGAAAUUCGUUUCAACCGUCGCUUUGCCCCAUUCGCAAAUCUCAACAGUCCACCACCGAUGCCGUACAUUGAAUUUGCAAAAAUCCGUUCUAGCCAAUUCCGUGCACCAUCAGCUGAACUGUUUCUAUCGGCGGCGAAUCAUUUUCACCAAGCUCGUAACAUAUUGGAGUCAGUUUUGAAUCCAGACACUGAGAUGCUGCAAAUGAUUCAAGUCGCCAAAUUCAAUUUCAUAGUGACGAAUCUCUUGGCGAAUGGGCAUAAAAAGGAUUCCAAAUUGCAGCCUGAGUUCGAUUUCUCGCAACAUUAUUGUUUUCCGAUUAUAAAAAUAAACUGAACAUUUGAAAUUUGUGGUAA